AUGCUUUUUUAAAAUCAAAUGACAAUUAGUCUUCUAAUAAAUAUUAAGAACAAAUCCCGAAUUCAUCAUCAUAUGAGAAGCAUUGGAUUUGCAAUAAAUUAACUUCAAGAUCUGAACCUUGACUACCUAAUGAAAGCCUACUCUAUUAUUCUUGGGAAAUUUGAUGAUUCUGAUGUGAACAUAUGGUUUGAAAGAGAAUAUCUUAAACCUCAAAACCCAAUCUUUGAUACUUUCAAUCACAAAGUUGAACUUAGUUGGGAUUAGAAAUUUUCGGAAUUUAAUAUUUAGCAAUAAAAUAAAAUAGCACUUCUAAAAGAAGAGCUUUAAAAUAAACAGAAAUCUUAAGGAUAGUUGAAUCAUUAAAGAAACAAAAGCCAAUAAGUCGUUCCAGCAACUCAUAGAGUAAUGAGCAAUCUGACAAAUUAAUUAUAUGGAAUCUAGUCGCCCAGAAUCAUUGAAACUGAAAUUUCUCCUAACAGGUAGAAUCUUGAAUAUGAAAAUACACUAUCAAAAAGCCAUCAUAGAAAUGAAAAUUAAUCCUAAUCGUACAAGAACUCAACUGGAAAGAAAAAUCAAGGCUCAACUUAAGCGAAAAAGAAAAAGAAGAAGAUUGAUAAGAGUAAUGGUGAUAUCAAGCAGACUAACUUAACCAAAAUACUAGAAAUGAAGGAGAACUCAAUGAUGCUCAAUGAUAUGAAUUUGCUUGAUCAAACAUUCAGCGGCCUUUUAUUGAAUGAUAGCAAUAUUUAUGAUCAAAACAUUAAGCAUAUCAAAAUUAACCCACUUAGCCCUAACUCAAUUAUCAAUAAUAAAAUUCCAAUAAUCAACACUGAAACUACAGGAACUAAAGUGAGUGAAGAUAUUUAGGUAAGUUUGUAAAUGCUUGACAAGAUUGAAACACUUGAGCAAUAACUGAAGCAUAGAGAAAAGAUAAAUGAAGAUCUUAUCGAUAAGAAUAAGAAGCUAAUUUCAAAGAUUUUGGAAUUUAAGGAGCAAAAUUAAAUUAAUGUAGAGAAUGCCAAAGAACAGAUUCUAGCUUUGUAGAAGCAAUUAAAAUAUUCUUAAGAAGAUUAACUUAUGAACCUUUAGGAAUAAGAGUAGAUUAGAUAGCAUAUGAUCUACUUAGAAGAUGAGAAUAGAGUACUGAAUGAGAGAUUGAUAGAAGUUGAGGAGUCCUAAAGCUAAAUGAAAGAUUUGCAUUAAAAGUUAAAUGAAGAUAUAUUUGAAUAAGGCAAGCUAGAGGUAGCAGUAAAUAUGCAUGAAUUCAACCUAAAAAAGAUCUGGUUCUAGACUUUUAAAAGGAGCGCUUUUGUUCACAGAAGAUUAAGGUCAUACCUGACUUAUAAAACUCUCAAGAGAUAAAAUUUUAUGAAACUUAUUAGCUAUCUAUAUUUAAGGAAAAAUGCAGCAUUUUAAAGACACUUAGGCCAGAUAUAAAUCUAAAAGCAAAUUAACAUUAAGUAUGCUGUUCUUCAUUCUCUAUAUAAAAAUAAGAAAAUCAUGACUGGCUUGCAUCAAUUUGCUUACAAAAAAGAGAACAAGCUUAUGAUUCAUUACUUUAGAAGCUUGUAUGUUUACAAAUAGAUUUAAGACCAGAGAAGAGUUUAAAAUUUCAAUGCUCUACAGGUUAGAACGUUGUUUCUCAAGAAUAGGGUUAUGAAGAGUUUUAAGAUUAAUAAAGCCGAGAUGUAACUGCCAAUGAAUCCAAAUGAGCUACAGUAUUACAAUAAACUCAUUAGAAAUUUCAGAAAGUAGUUCUAUUUUGGUCAUUUAAAGUUCGUUUGUCAAAAGCUCAUCCCAUGGCAAAAUCAUAGGAAAAUGCUGGCAAUCAACAAAUACAACAAGACUUUAGUUUCUUAGUGUUACAAUAAUAUUUUUAAAAAGAUAAUGCAGAGAAAGAAAACAUUUAAGCCAAAGAUAAAGUAACUAAGAAUAAGUCAUUAAAAAUCAUUGCUAGUAAAAGCAUUUAGUGUCUUGCUCUUUUAUAAGCUUGAAUAACAAAGGAAAUAACCUCUGAGAUAAGAUAUGCUUGUUUUCUAGUAGCUUAGAUAUCUUAAUUUAUGGAGAUAGAGGUAUCAAUAUAGAGUUAACUCAAAUACUAAGAUUAAAUUUUUCAAGCUUAGAUGGAUUGUGCUCAGAAAAAAGAUAGCAUUGAGAUCGCUUUAAAAAGCUUGUGAUAAAUAGCACAGACUAAAUAAGUAGCAAUAUCUAAUAUAAAAUUUUAUGAGACACAAAUAAGCAAGGGUAAUAUUUAGAAAUUGGCACGAUAUGUAUAGAGAAAGAGUUCUUGAGAGCAGAAGAAUAAAGUUUACAUGUUUUAGAGAGUUUAAAAGAAAUGUAAUUCUUGGCAGAAAGAUAAAUAGCAAAGCUGAAAUAAUAAGAUAAAAGUUCAAACUUAGAUUAAUCAACUCUGCUAUUAAAGUAUUAUAACAAUUCUCACAGAGCAGAUCAGCAGAAAGAAAGAAAAUAGAAUUAUUUCGGUAAAGGCAUGUGGAUAUGGUGAAGAGAAGAUUUUUUAAUAAGUUUUUAACUGCUGGCUUUACUCAAGUUACCCAAAGAUAUAGAGAAGAUAUAACAGUUUUAUAAGUAAUUUUAAAUCUCUUAUUAUUUACUUAGGAUUAAUUGCUUCCUUUGCAAUCAACAUUCGAUGAGAAAAAUACAUAAGCUUAAUUUUUCUUGGGUAAGUGCUGUGAACUUGAAAAUGAAGUUUAAACCCUUUAAAUGGAAAUAUAAGGCUAAACUCUACAUUAAGAACUUCAUUUGAGAGAGAUUGAUCAGCUGUAGCAAUAGAUAGAUUCACAAGUUUAAAAUCAUAAAGACUUAGAAAAAUAAAAUGCUUAACUAGAAAAAUAAAAUCAUGAACUAUAAGCACUUCAUCUGAAGAAAUUAGAGGAGUUCAAGGAUAAAUUUGUAAAAUCUGAGCAAGAAAUUCAAAUACUAAAAGCAUAGGUUAAACACCAAGAUGAAAGUAAAAGAACAUUAGAAAAAGAGAAUAACAUAAAACUGCUGCACUAGCUAAAGAAGGCACACAAAACUAUCGAGGAAAUGAGAAAAGUAAUGGAAGAGGCAGAUAAACAAAUUACUGCCGCUAAAAUUGAAGUUAACUAAGUUAAUUUAGAAAAGGAUCAUGAAAGAGAAAACCUUGUUAAUAAGCACAUUGGGGAUAUUAAAGAGAUUACAUUUUUAGUAGAUAAAGUUAAGAGAGAAAAUACUGAUCUUAAGAAAGAAGUUCUAUACUUAAAUGAGAAACUAUAGAUAUUAAAAUUGCAGCAGCAAUAAUCUUAAUAGUAGUAGCAGUACUAGUAGUUAUAGUUAUAAUAAUAGUUACAGAUGGCAGGAUCGAAAAAAACUGUGAGAUUUGAGCAUGAGUAUGAUAAAUUCCCUAGCAAACAUAAUAAUGUUGGGAAUAUAAGCAAUAUAAGUGGAAGUGGUUCCUAAACUAACAAUUAAAAAUAUGACAAUUGA